GGCGCGCUUUACAUUAUACGCGUUCUCAAAAGCAUAUUCCUCUGUGAUUUCUUCGCUGCCUGGUGCUGGAGCAUCCUUUUUAUAUCCCUGUCUAUAGACUAUACCUUUCCCCUCCUUCGUCUCUCCGAACUCUUGUUUGCAUUUGAAGCCGGAGCUCAUUUUCUUGGUCUCAUUUUUGAGAAAUGGUUCAAAUCAAGGAGUUCCGGAUCGUUAUGCCCAUGUCAUUGGAAGAGUAUCAUGUGGCAUAUAUGUACAUGGUCAUGAAGAUGUCACAACAGCACACAACCGGCGAUGAAGGGAUAGAAGUCAUAGAGAACAGAUCCUUUGAAGAUAAUGUGCUUGGGAAGGGUCGAUACACUAACAAAAUUUAUCGCCUUCAAAGCAAAGUUCCUUCUUGGCUUACUACUUUUGCACCAUCGGAUGCUCUCAUCAUAAAAGAGGAAGCCUGGAAUGCAUUCCCAAAAUGCAAAUCAGUGAUGAAGUGCCCAUAUUUUCCCAGGUUUCAGUUAACCCUUGAAACUGUUAAUAGGCCUGACAAAGGGCAGUCAGAAAAUGUUCAUGGUCUAAGUGAAGAACAACUGGCAGUCAGGGAAGUGGAAUACAUUGAUAUAGCUUCUUCUGAAGGCAAUUAUUGGAGUUAUCUAGUUGGAAAUAAUGAUGUGGACUUCUCUGAAUUCAAAUCAGAAAGAACCGGCCGUGGUCCACUUUUGGAGGGGUGGCAGAAUAGGUGUAAUCCUGUUAUGACAGCAUACAAAUUGGUAACAAUCGAUGCACCAUACUGGGGUUUUGGAUCCCGACUUGAACAAGCUCUAAUAGCGGGUGAAAAGGCGCUAUUUUUGGAAAGUCACCGUAAUUGCUUUAGUUGGAUCGAUGAGUGGUAUGGGAUGACAGUGCAACAAAUAUAUGAGCUCGAACAACAAACCCAUUCUGCAUUAAAUGAGAAACUUGGCAAGCCGGCAUUGAUUACAAGUGCAGAAGAUUAACCCUUCACUUGAUUCUGAAGACAUUUAUAGCAGGAGCUCACAUAGACGUUGGUUUGCAGCUGAUCUGCAAAGUAUUAUCUGAACUAUCCCGGUUAUACGUUUGCAGUGUAACUCCUACAGCACUCAUUUCCUAGAUUAUAUAGUUGCUAACGUAACAUAUUCAAUUUCCCAUUUAUUACUUUAUUGAUUAUUUCAGUUUGACUGACUACACAGUUGGUAUUGUAAAGUAUCCUAAAUUAGAGUUUGGCGUCAAGUUUGGACAAUAUAUGGGCACCAAAACCUGCAACUUAUUGUUUGCGACAGCAAAGAUUCCCUAAAGCUUUUGUCCGAA